AUGACAUGGAGAAUGGGACUCAGUGUUACCAUGCUGCUGGCAAUGUGGCUGGUGUGCGGAUCAGAACCCCACCUCCAUGCCAUGCAUAGAGGGAGCCACGGAGGGCGGAAGGUGCCCCUGGUCUCCCCCGUCCACAGAAGGCCAGCUCGGCUUCUGAGGCACACAGGGAAGGCUCAGGGACUUGAGAGAACCACUGUGGAAGAACCAAAGCUUCCGCCUCUCCAAAGAAGGAGGAGUGUGCCCGUGUUGAGGGUGGCCCCCGCAACAGCCCCGCCAGCCAGGCCGCGCGGCAGUGGAGCCCCGGCGAGACCGAAGCAGAGACCAGGAGCCCCGAGCUCUCCGCGUGACAUGAUCCGAGAUGAGGGGUCCUCAGCCCGUUCCAGAGUGUUGCGCUUCCCCUCUGGGUCCAGCUCUCCCAACAUCCUCGCCAGCUUCGCAGGGAAGAACAGGGUGUGGGUCAUCUCGGCGCCGCACGCCUCGGAAGGCUACUACCGCCUGAUGAUGAGCCUCCUGAAGGACGAUGUGUACUGCGAGCUGGCCGAGAGGCACAUCCAGCAGAUCGUGCUGUUCCACCAGGCCGGCGAGGAAGGAGGCAAGGUGCGCAGGAUCACCAGCGAGGGCCGCGUCCUGGAGCAGCCCCUGGACCCCAACCUCGUCCCAAAGCUCAUGAGCUUCUUGAAGCUGGAGAAGGGCAAGUUCGGCAUGGUGCUGUUGAAGAAGACGCUGCAGGUGGAGGAGCGCUACCCGUAUCCGGUCAGGCUGGAGGCCCUGUAUGAGAUCAUCGACCAGGGCCCCAUCCGCCGGAUAGAGAAAAUCAGGCAGAAGGGUUUUGUCCAAAAAUGUAAGGCGUCUGGGGUAGAGGGCCAGGUGGUGGAGGAGGGGAACCAUGGUGGAGGAGCCGGAAGGCCAGGCCUGAGCGGUGAGAAGAGAAAAGAAGACCAGAGGCGAGCACAAGUCCCGCCGACCAGAGAGACUCGGGGGAAGGUGCUCAGGAAGCCGGCCACCGCCACGGCCGCUGCUCCCCCCGCUCCUCCAACCCGAAGGGCCGCCACCACCCUGUCUCCUGCUGCAGUGCCAACAGUGACCCGGGCCACCUCUCGGGUGGUCACCGCGGCUGCAAGACCGACAACCACCACGGCCUUUCCCACCACCCAGAGGCCCUGGACCCCCAGGGCGCACCCCUCCUCGGACGCCCACCGGCCCCCAGCAACUGCUGAGGUGGCCACGGCCAGGGAGCCCGGGGCCUCGGAGAAUCUCUACCCCCAGCCCAGGAAGGAGCAGCACAGGGAGAGGCUGCAGGCCACCAGGAGGCCCAGCAAGGCCACCAGCUUGGAGAGCUUCACGGCUGCCCCUCCCACCACCGCCUCGGAGCACAGCACGCGGGCGGGCGCGGGCCGUCUCCGGGACAACCGCACCGACCGGCGGGAGCACGGCCACCGGGACGCAAACGUGGUGCCAGGUCCUCACAAGCCAGCGAAGGGGAAGCCUCCCAAAAAGAAAGUCCAGGACAAAAUCCUUAGCAAUGAGUACGAGAGUAAAUACGACCUCAGCAGGCCAACUGCCUCUCAGCUGGAGGACGAGUUGCGGGUGGGGAAUAUUCCCCCCCAGAAAGCAAAGGAAUCCAAAAAGCACGAAAAGCUGGAGAAACCUGAGAAGGAGAAGAAAAAAAAGGUGAAAAACGAGAAAACAGACAAGUUCCUCAAGAGUGAAAAGCAAGUGAAGAAGGAUAAGGCUGAGAAAAAGAGCCGGCAAGAGAAAGAGAAGAACAAGAAGAAAAAAGCAGGGAAAACAGAGCAGGAUGGCUACCUGAAACCCACCACAAAACACUUCGCUCAGAGUCCCAGGAAGUCCGUGACCGAUCUGCUGGGGUCCUUUGAAGGCAAACGACGACUUCUUCUGAUCACCGCUCCUAAGGUUGAGAACAACAUGUAUGUGCAACAGCGAGAUGAGUAUCUGGAAAGCUUCUGCAAGAUGGCCACCAGGAAAAUCUCCGUGAUCACCAUCUUUGGCCCUGUCAACAACAGCACCAUGAAAAUCGACCACUUCCAGCUAGAUAAUGAAAAACCCAUGCGAGUGGUGGAUGAUGAGGACCUGGUAGACCAGCAUCUCAUUGGUGAGCUGAGGAAAGAGUAUGGAAUGACCUAUAAUGACUUCUUCAUGGUGCUCACAGACGUGGACCUGAGAGUCAAGCAAUACUACGAGGUACCCAUAGCAAUGAAGUCUGUGUUCGAUUUGAUCGAUACAUUCCAGUCCCGAAUCAAAGAUAUGGAAAAGCAGAAGAAGGAGGGCAUUGUUUGCAAGGAAGACAAGAAGCAGUCAUUGGAGAACUUCCUGUCCAGGUUCCGAUGGAGGAGGCGGUUGCUGGUGAUCUCUGCCCCUAAUGAUGAAGACUGGGCCUAUUCACAGCAGCUCUCGGCCCUCAGUGGCCAGGCCUGCAAUUUUGGUCUGCGUCACAUAACCAUUCUGAAACUUUUAGGGGUUGGAGAGGAAAUUGGGGGAGUUUUAGAACUGUUCCCAAUUAACGGGAGUUCUGUUGUGGAGCGAGAAGACAUAUCAGCCCAUUUGGUGAAAGACAUCCGUAACUAUUUUCAAGUGAGCCCAGAGUACUUCUCCAUGCUUCUAGUUGGAAAAGAUGGAAAUGUCAAAUCCUGGUAUCCUUCCCCAAUGUGGUCCAUGGUGAUUGUGUAUGAUUUAAUUGAUUCGAUGCAACUCCGGAGACAGGAAAUGGCCAUUCAGCAGUCACUGGGGAUGCGCUGCCCAGAAGAUGAGUACGCAGGCUACGGUUACCAUAGCUACCACCAAGGAUACCAGGAUGGUUACCAGGAUGACCACCGUCAUCAUGAGAGUUACCACCAUGGCUAUCCUUACUGA